CGAAACUCAAUCUUUUCCGGAUGGCGGAUGCGCGCCUCGUUGACAGCAAGGCGACAUUCUCAUCGUUUGCGAAUCUCCUCGACACCCGCAUAUUGCGCGCUCUAGCUGAUCUCGGCUUCGCUCGCCCAACGUUGGUGCAAACAAAAGCAAUCCCUCUUGCACUCGAAAGUAGGGAUAUCCUAGCCCGUGCGCGUACGGGAAGUGGGAAAACCGCGGCAUACUGUAUACCAGUCGUCCAAAAGAUCCUGAGUGCGAAAAGUUCGCUCGAUGCGGUCCAGGCCACGCGCGCUUUGAUUCUCGUGCCAACAAGGGAGCUUGCGGAACAGGUGUCCGUGUAUCUGAAGAGCCUUGUUGUAUAUUGCGAAAAUCAGGUGUCGAUCUCGAAUGUUGCUUCUGGUGUAACGACCCAUCUGCAACGAACAUUACUUUCCGACAAGCCGGACAUUGUCAUCUCGACGCCAUCGCGUGCCUUGGCGCUGAUGCAGUCCAAGGCCCUCAUUGCCACUGCGCUUGAAUCGCUCGUCAUCGACGAGGCGGAUCUGAUUCUGUCGUAUGGGCACGACGAAGAUGUCCGACAAAUCUUCAGCGGGGCAUUCCUUCCAAAAGUGUAUCAGUCGUUCCUUAUGAGCGCCACCAUGACCGAGGAUGUGGAGAUGCUCAAGGGCCUGACACUGCGGAAUCCGGCGAUCCUGCGUCUCGAAGAAAGCGAGGAUGAGGCAGCGAAUCUCAGCCAGUAUUCCGUUCGGUGUAACGAAGUCGACAAGUUCCUGCUGACCUACGUGAUUCUCAAGCUCAAGCUCAUCAAGGGGAAGUGCAUUCUCUUCGUGAACGACGUCGAGCGCUGUUACCGCCUGAAACUCUUCUUGGAGCAGUUCUCUAUCAAGAGUUGUGUGCUGAACUCGGAACUGCCGCUGAACUCGCGAUACCACACGGUGCAGGAAUUCAACAAAGGCGUGUACGACUAUAUCAUCGCAACGGACGAGAGCGGUGCCGGUGAGAUGGACUCGGAGGAUGAGAAGGAGGAUGAGGAAUCCGCUGAUGAAAAUGAGGGAGACGAGGAUGAUUUUGUCCCAUCGCAGCGAGAACCUGUAGAUGCUGAGGAGCCAGAGUCCAUCAAAGCUGGACCCUCCCCCAAAAAGCGCAAGCGGUCCGUAUCACCGCUCCCGGCCAGCAAGAAGCGAAAGCCAUCGAGCAGUCACAACAAACGCGACAAGGAGUACGGCGUGACACGUGGCGUCGACUUUGUGGAUGUCGCAUGUGUUCUCAACUUCGACCUGCCCUCGUCGGCUCGGGCAUACACACAUCGAGUGGGGCGAACUGCCCGCGCUGGCCGGACAGGCAUGGCCCUGUCAUUCAUCUCGACGGGAGCCGGGCCGGACAGCAAACGAAUGAAGGGCGAAACAAUGUCGGAUCAGAGGAAUGACGAGAAGGUGUUUGCGCGGAUCGAGGCCGAGCAGGCGGCGCGGGGAAGCAAGCUGCAGGAAUACAAAUUCGACAUGAAGCAGGUGGAGGCGUUCCGGUACCGGAUGGAGGAUGCGCUGAGAAGCGUGACGCGGUCGGCGAUACGGGAGGCGCGGGUUGGCCAGCUGAAGACGGAGAUCCUAAACUCCGACAAACUGAAGGCCCAUUUCGAAGAUAACCCGAUGGACCUGGACUACCUGCGGCACGACAAGCCAUUGCACCCGACUCGCGUGCAGCCACACAUGAAGCAUGUUCCCAAGUACUUGCUCCCCCGGAUUGCGCCCGUCCCCGGCAGCGAGGAAGCGCCCGCGGGCAAAUCCGGGUUCGUCCCGUUCAGGAAGGACGGAGCGCGCGGUGGCACCCGUGGACGCGGCCGGGGCAACGGACGAGGCGGCAACGGACGAGGUGGCAAACGGAAAACUGAUCCUCUAAAAAAGUUCUCCCGAUAGACUGUAGUUGUAGGUCGCGUCUUUAGGCAGUGAGCCCUACCAUCGUUCCUCAUCUUCUGCGAGCGAGUGUGUGUGUGUGUCUUUCGUGUCGAAUGCCACGACCAUGGGAACCCGUGGAGCCUCCGCUCUUCCUCUUGGACACUCUCACUCUCUGAUCGAUUACGGGAUUAGGAUUCACCUGGCGUCAAUGAUGUCCCCGACCUAUACCGAACCGCACGCUCAAUGGUCAUUCACGCUGAUCCAGGACGUGGAGCGGAGUAGUCUAAGCCCGUUUUGUGUUCUGCAGACAGGCACAGCACCAACGGAAUUGAAUUUAUCGCUGACCUUGAGUGGACUAGUAAGCAGUCACGGACCCUUGGUCUCCGCGCAGAGAGUUGCGUUCAGGAUCAGCCAAAAAGAUAAUCGUAAGCGAAGCGGCCCGGUUUGGGCCGGCAUGGACGGUAUAUCAUAGGGGCCCCGCGGGACCCCCUUCGCAACUUUUCGCCCAUACCGCCAUCAUGUCCAAGCAAGGAGAAUUCGUGGGUUCGUUGGAUUGUGGAACGACCUCUGUUCGCUUCAUCAUCUUCGACCAGUACGCCAACAUCGUCGCUCAGCAUCAGCUCGAGUUUCCUCAGUACUAUCCCCAUCCCGGAUGGCACGACCACGAUGCGAGUGAAAUCAUGGAGCACGCGAACCUCUGCAUCGACGGCGCCAUGAAGAAUCUCGUCGCUGCGGGCUGGUCGGCGGACAGCGUGAAAGUCAUCGGCAUCACGAACCAACGUGAGACCACUGUCGCCUGGAGCCGCAAGACGGGCAAGCCGCUGUGCAAGGCCAUCGUGUGGACCGACUCGCGGACCAAGAACACCGUCGCGCACUACUCGCAGAAGCUUGAGGAGACGGGGAUCGAGGUGCGCCCGGGGGAGUGGAGCAAGGGCCCGGAUGGGUUGCGGGACAUCACGGGUCUUCCUUUGUCGACUUACUUCUCGGCGAUAAAGCUGCGAUGGAUGAUCGAUCACUACCCCGAUGUUUCUGCCGCGCACGACGAGGAUGAUCUGGUCUUCGGCACCGUGGAGUCUUGGGUGCUCUACAACCUUCUCGGCGGGAACGAGACCCAUAUCCACCUCACCGAUGUUAGCAACGCGUCCCGGACCCUGCUGCUGAACAUGACUACGCUGCAAUGGGAGCCGUCCCUGCUGGCGUUCUUCGGCCUGCGGCCCUCCGUCUUGCCGAAACUCGUCUCGACGUCUGAGGUGUACGGCAAGAUCUACGACGGGCCUCUGAAGGGCGUCCCGGUGGGCGGAUUGAUCGGGGACCAGCAGGGUGCGCUGGUGGGCAACAAGUGCUUGCGGCAGGGCGAGGCGAAGUGCACAUACGGCACGGGUGCUUUUCUGCUGUUCUGCACGGGCACCGACAUCGUCAAGAGCAAGUACGGUCUGCUCAGCACCGUCGCGUAUCAGGCCGGCCCGGGCUCGAAGCCUGUGUAUGCUCUCGAGGGGUCGAUCGCCGUGGCGGGCAGCGCUAUCAAGUGGCUGCGAGACAGCAUGGGCCUCAUCGAGUCCGCUGCUGAUGUCAACACGCUGGCUGCCAAGGAAGAGACUGCCGGUGGCCUCUACUUCGUCACCGCGUUCUCCGGACUGCUCGCUCCGUACUGGGAUCCCGGCGCGGCGGGCACCCUGAUCGGUAUUUCUCAGUACACGAAUCCGUCGCACAUCGCACGGGCGACGCUCGAGGCCAACGCGUACCAGACGCGGGCGAUCAUCAAAAGCAUGCAGCGGGACGCCGACAACGAGCUCAAGGUCCUCAAGGUCGACGGCGGCAUGACCAACGGCGAUCUCGCCAUGCGCAUAUUGUCCGACAUCGGCGGCUUCACCGUCGUGCGACCGGAGAUGCGCGAGUCGACUGCCCUCGGCAGCGCUCUGCUCGCUGGCGCUGCCAUCGGCCUCUUCGGCUGGGAUCUCGCUAAGCCCGAGUCGCUCGCGCAAGUCAACACGCAGGGAAGCGUCGAGUUUGCUCCUGAGCUGCCCGAGGCGGAACGUGAGCUGGGGUGGGCUGGCUGGCAGCGCGCUGUGGACCGUUCCAAGGGUUGGGAGGAGGGUGUCGCUGCCGAGUAAGUUAUCAUGUGUGUUUAUGCUAUGAGCGAAGAAAAAAACAACAAAGUGUAGAGUAGCUCCCGUGAAGAUCCAGGAUUGUACCUCUAUCUUGUAACAGUAAAUACCCUAAUAUUAUCAACAGUGGUAUCCCCA